AUGGGCUCGGGGCCACCCCGCAGGAUGCGCUGCGCGGCCGGGCUGCUCUGCCUGGCCGCCUGGCUGUGCGCGGGGGGCGCCCGUAGCUGCCCCGCGCAGACCCCCCGCUGCAAGUGCGUGGGGGAGCGGCCCAAGGGGCUGGGCCUGCCCGGCGCGGCCCGCAGGAAGGUGAUCUGCAGCGCCGAGGAGCUGCCUGAGCCGCCCGACCCCCGCCUGUUGCCCAACACCACGGUCACCCUGCUUUUGAGUAACAACAAGAUAACGGUGCUGAAGAAUGGCUCUUUCUUCGGACUGCGUGCUCUCGAGAAGCUGGACCUCAAGAACAACUUGAUCAGCACAAUCCAGCCUGGCGCGUUCCUUGGCCUCUCGGAGCUGAAGCGCCUAGACAUCUCCAACAAUCGCAUCGGCUGCCUCAGCGCCAGCGUCUUCCAGGGACUCACCAACCUCCUUCGGCUGAACGUGUCAGGGAAUAUUUUCUCCAGCCUCCAGCCUGGCGUCUUUGACGAGCUGCCAUCUCUGAAAGUCAUUGACUUUGCCACCGAGUACUUGACGUGCGACUGCAACUUGCGCUGGACGCUGCCCUGGUCCAGAAACCGCUCAGCUCAGAUCUCCGACAAGACGCUGUGCAUCUACCCAAGCACCCUGCAUGCCAAACCGCUGAGGAGCAUCAGGGAGAGCCAACUGCAGUGUGUGGGCGCUCCGGAGCUGCACACCCACCACCUGAUCCCUUCGCUGCGGCAGGUGGUGUUCCAGGGCGACCGCUUGCCAUUCCAGUGCACAGCCACCUACCUGGACAGCAGCACCCGUAUCCGGUGGUACCACAACCGGGUGCUGGUGGAGGGGGACGAGCAGACUGGCAUCAUCCUGGAGGAGAGUCUCAUCCAUGACUGCACCUUCAUCACCAGUGAGCUCAUCCUCUCCAACAUCCACGUCUCUGCCAACGGCGAGUGGGAAUGUGCUGUCUCCACCUCCCAGGGCAACGUCAGCAAGAAGGUGGAGAUCGUGGUGCUGGAGACGUCGGCCUCAUACUGCCCGGCCGAGAGGGUCACCAACAACCGUGGGGACUUCAGGUGGCCCCGCACCUUGGCCGGCAUCACUGCCUACCAGUCCUGCCUGCAGUACCCCUUCACCUCGCUGGCCGCGAACGGGGGCCCCGCAGUGGAGAAGCAGGCGUCGCGGCGCUGUGACCGCAUGGGACGCUGGGAGGAGGGCGACUACUCGCACUGCCUGUACACCAACGACAUCACCCGCGUGCUCUACACCUUUGUGCUGAUGCCCAUCAAUGCUUCCAAUGCCCUGACGCUGGCGCACCAGCUGCGUGUGUACACAGCUGAGGCUGCUAACUUCUCCGAUAUGAUGGACAUCAUCUAUGUGGCCCAGAUGAUUGAGAAGUUCAUUGGCUACGUGGACCAGAUCAGGCAGCUCCCAGACGUCAUGGUGGAGAUGGCAAGUAACAUGAUGCUGGUGGACGACCACAUCCUGUGGAUGGCUCAGAUCGAGGACAAGGCCUGCACCCGCAUCGUCCGCUCCGUGGAGAAGAUCGCGAGCUACGUGCUCAGCAGCAACUCGCAGCAUGUGGCUGUGAACUCAAGGAACAUUGCCUUCGAGGCCUACUUGAUCAAGCCGGAGAGCUACACGGGGCUGAGCUGCACGGCCUUCCAGAAGCGAGACAGUGGGCGCCUGUCGCUGCAGGAGCAGGAGGCCGAGCCCCUGGCUGACCAGCAGCUGAAGUUCAGGUGCACCACAGGCCAGCCCAACAUCUCUCUGGCCAACUUCCACAUCAAGAACAGCAUCGCUCUGGCCUCCAUCCAGCUGCCCCCCAGCCUAUUCUCCGCCUCGGCCCCGCUCUCCUUGCCCCAGGCCUGCAAAGUUCAAUUCCUGGUGUUCCGGAAUGGCAAGCUCUUCCGCAGCACCGGCAACUCCUCCCGCCUGGCUGACAACGGCAAGCGCCGCAGCGUGGCCACCCCUGUGAUCUACGCCGGGACACAUGGCUGUGGGGUCAGUAACCUCACCGAGCCCAUCAUUGUCUCGCUGCGCCACUUCAGGGAAGGAGCCGACCCCAUGCCUGCCCACUGGAACUUUGAGGUGCUGGGGGGCAAUGGGGGCUGGAGCGCCGAGGGCUGUCAGCUGGCCCACCAAGAGCCCAACAUCACCACCCUGCUCGGCCGGCACCUGAACAACUUUGCAGUGCUCAUGGAACUCAGCAAUUUCCCCAGUGAGGCAGCAGGCCCAGCUGAGGUUCUGCAUCCUGUUCUUUACACCUGCACUGCCCUCCUGCUGCUGUGCUUGUUCACCACCAUCAUCACUUACAUUAUCAACCACAGCACCAUUCAUAUCUCCCGGAAGUGCUGGCACAUGCUGCUUAACCUCUGUUUCUACAUCGCCAUGACAUCUGCUGUGUUUGCGGGAGGCAUCACUCUGACCAACUACAUGAUUGUCUGCCAAGCAGUUGGCAUCAUUUUGCACUACUCCUCCUUAUCCACUCUUCUGUGGAUGGCAGUGAAGGCCAGAGUCAUCUACAAGGAGGUGACGUGGAAGGCGCCGCAGCAGCAGGAAGGAGACGUGCCCCAGCCAGCCCCUCGGCCCAUGCUACGAUUCUAUCUGAUUGCUGGCGGGAUCCCCCUCAUCAUCUGUGGGAUCACAGCGGCUGUCAAUAUCCACAAUUACCAGGAUAACAACCCCUACUGCUGGCUGGUGUGGCGGCCAAGCCUUGGGGCUUUCUACGUUCCUGUGGCUUUCAUUUUGGUCAUCACUUGGAUUUACUUCCUAUGUACUGGGGUCAACAUCUGGUGCCAGUCAAAGAAUCAAAAAGACCCUCCAGUGCCCCUUGAGAUCCCCCCCAGGUUGGGUGGCAGCAGCAAUCUCUUGACAGACUCAGGCUCCAUCUCAGUCACCCUUAACUCCGGGACACACAGCGCCGACGCGGAUGGUGUCUACUCAUUGAAAAUGCAGUUCUGGGCACUGCUGAUCACCCAUUUCUCGUACAUUGCGCUGUGGACAUUUGGGGCCAUGGCCGUGUCCCAGCGCUGGUACCUGAAUGUGAUCUUUAGCUGCCUCUAUGGGAUAACAGCUGUGGCACUGGGGCUCUUCAUCUUCAUCCACCACUGUGCCCGGCGUCGAGACGUGCAGAACUCCUGGUUUGCCUGCUGCCCAUCCUACAGGAAUGCGCAGCCCAUGCAAGCGUAUGUCCACCCGGGCAUGGCAGCAGAGGAGGGCUCACAGAUCUUCAUCGGGUGCAACCCCGAGGUGGCUCAUUCCAUCAAGUCCUCUUCCUCACCCAGCAGCACCAAUUCUACCGUGGGCCACUGCAAGCUCACCAACCUGCAGGUGGCUCAAAACCAGGCAGAGAGCUGCCCCCUACCACGGCCAGUCUGCUACGAAGAGAUUGAGCCGGCCAACAACAAGAACGCCAGCGCGGCCAGGUAUGCUAACAACAUACAUGGGCGCAGGAACCACAAGAGCAGAACUAAGCAGUACCGGGAGGGGAAGCACCACCGCUUGAAAGUGCUUCGGGGGCCUUCUUCAGAUCACCCCUCCAGUGAGAGUGGAAGCCUCCACAACAGCCAUUCCGAGAGCUACCACAGCAGCAGAAACAGCCCCCUGAACAACAGCUGUAUAGGACCGAGGGGAGCAGUGGUGCAGGAAGGGGAUGCUUCUCUGACCCAAUCCGAAGGGAGCGACGGUGGUAGCAGUGGCCAUCAGGGUCCUGACUUCAGCCGAGCUCAGAGGAAAAGCGCUAGCAGGGACAACCUCAAACAGGCCCACACCAUUGAGAAAGAGACUAAGCGGAGAUCCUACCCGCUCAACAUGACCAACCAGAAUGGGGGGCUGAAAGGCAGUAAGUAUGAUAUAAACCUCACCAGUGCAGAGAGCAUGGUUGGCAUGAAGACGGGCCUCUGGAAGAGCGAAACGACCGUCUAGAGCACUGAAGGGCCUGGGCAGCUAGAGUAUCCCAGCAUGUUUCUCUUCAGGCAAAGGAGCAGCUCGCUCAGCCAGUGGCAGGGUGUGGCGCUGCUAACUGAAGGCAUCUUCCAUCCGAGUCUAAGUAUGUUAUAAACAUGGAAGUGCACUACAGGGGCCUGGGUGGUACUGUCCAGAAUGUUUUAAUUCCUCUAUCAAUCAGCGGGUAACGGUGGGUCUUGUUCCACCUGGGUGCUGGAAUGGAGAGAGAAUCAGAGCACAUCAACAAGCCUCAUCUAAUUCUCAAUGGACACAGGAGCACUAAGAUCUUAAGGUGAAAGACAAUCAUUGCAAUUCAGGCUGCUGAGGAGCAAUCUUAUUUUAAUCACUUCUGCAUGUCACAUGAGACUGAUUCUAAAUGCUAUUUUAUAAAUAUACAGAAGAAAAAUGUUUAUUUUUCAAAUCUAUAUUAUUGUAUGUAUAUAUGUAUAGACUGACUGGUAGCUGAUGAAGUGCCUCCAUGUUACACGGUCGGUGUUCUAUGAGCAGCGAGUCUCCCCUUAGGAGUUUUGGCAAGAACUUACUUUUGCCAUCCAGUGUCAGUUUGUAGACCAGAACUAGCUCCUUCAUGCAAAGACGCUGCAGUAGAGAUGUGGCUGUUUCAUCCUUACGAAAAACACAUUUUCAGAAAGAGACUGAAAUGACAAGUAUUUGCUCUGACUGUUCUUAAAUGUAUAUUUAGCCCUAUGGGUUACUGAGCUACCAAAGUAAAAGCAUAGUUAAAAAUGAACAAGAGGUAAGAAAA